AUGGAGGAAUUGACCCAAUCAACCCAAAAGAUUUUCAUAUUAGGAGGACAGAGCAACAUGUCCGGUCGCGGAGGCGUCAUCAAAGACUCCCCCAACAACCAGAAGCUCUGGGACAGGGUGGUACCACUAGAGUGCCAGCCUCACCCAAACAUCCUCCGUUUAUUAGCCGAACUCAAGUGGGAACCAGCAGCUGAACAAAUUCACGCCGACAUUGACAAGAAAAAGGUUUGUGGGGUGGGGCCCGGCAUGUCGUUCGCCAACGCUGUGAGGGAGCGGAUCACCGGGGUGGUGGGUUUGGUGCCGUGUGCGGUGGGUGGCACGGCUAUUAAGGAGUGGGCUCGUGGGGAGGAGUUGUAUGAGAAUAUGGUGAAGAGAGCGAAAGAGAGUGUGAAAGGCGGUGGAGAGAUUAAGGGUUUAUUGUGGUUCCAAGGAGAGAGUGACACAUCCACUCAGAUUGAUGCUGAUGCAUACCAGGAGAACAUGGAGAAGCUGAUUGAUAACGUUAGAGAGGAUCUUGGUUUGCCUUACCUUCCUAUCAUUCAAGUAGCACUUGCAUCAGGAUUGGAUGAUAACUACAUGGAAAAAGUAAGAGAAGCACAGCUAAAGAUUAAUCUCCCAAAUGUGAUAUGUGUGGAUGCCAAGGGAUUGGAUCUCAAGGAGGAUCAUCUUCACCUAACAACUGAAUCUCAGGUUAAGUUGGGCAACAUGUUGGCUGAUGCUUACCUCAAACAUUUUGCAGCAUCCCAUUGA